CACAAAGUACAGCCAUGCCUGCUUGGCAUAGGUGUCAAGUUUGAAAGCGGUAGAUCGUUGCCCCGAUUCACCGCUAUCCGGCAAUGUUUAUGGUGGUAGCGCUGAAAAUCAAACUUACAGCCGGCUUAUCCGGCUCAGAAUCCGGUGAAACACGGAGAAGGCAGCGCGAAAUAGAGCCAUCCUCUUGGUGGCAGCAUGUUUUGUUAAUAUAGAGGUAGCUCUGGCUUUUUGGUCAGCAAAAGGAGUACUAAUUAUGUUAUUUUUCAUUCUGGUUCUAACGGAGAAAAUUCAGAGAAGCUUACAAGUCCCUAUUCCUGCCUCUAUUGCAAAAAGGUGUUCUCUAGCCACCGGGCUUUAGGGGGUCAUCUUAAGACUCAUAAUAUUGAGAUUAAGUCAGGGUGGAGGAGGCAACCUCGUGAUUGUUCUGGCAUUGUCAUCGGUCUUCCCAGCUCCAACACUAACCCCCUUUACAACAACCAAUCCAAAAAUUCUUCUGGAGGUGCUGGGAACAACAGUCCCUGGUCAAACCAAGUCAUCCCAAUGCAUGCAACAUUCGCUCCGUCUGGUAGCAAUGCAGCGGCUGCUGCCCCUUUGGACCCUUCAUUAUGUUUGGGCUUGCCUAGAGUGUAUCAAUUUUCUACUGGUGGCGAUCAACCUCUGGGGGAUGGUAUGCCAAUGCCAUUCUUUUAUGGUGGUGGCUUGCAGAGCUUUGACCAUAACCUUAGUAAGUCUUCAUUCCCUGCCUCUACUGUUUCUAAGGCGCAUUCAAGUCUUGAUUUAAAUCAGUUGCCUGGCUUCAAAGAAACUACUGCUGUUGGUUCCUUCUUUGUGGACCCUAGCCCAUGUUUGGGCCACGAUGAAAGUGGUUGUAACAAGAUGAAAAGUUUCGUGAGUCGUGUAGAGGGUAAGCGACAGCACUCACUUGAUUCCCUUGGAAAUACUGACCUAGUGAAAGCAUCCAAAAGGCCCAAGAUUGACUCCAACCUUCCUAUGGAAAUUGAGAAUAUUCGAAACAAAAAACCACUUCUCAUGAAGAAGGUGGAGGAGCCGUUUCCAGGCCUUGGGAUUUCAAUUACUGCUGAGCAGGAAGUUCCGGCAGAUUUAGAUCUGUCUCUGCAUCUCUAGGCUUGUUACCUUUUUAUCUUUAUAAUAAAAAUAAAAGCACCAUGCUUAAUAAUGUUAAAAUGGGUUGUGUAAGAUAAAUGUGCUCUUUGUUUCUUGUGUCACAUAUGAUCAAAUUUUAAUCUGGGUUUACUUAGACUUCA